AUGGUGAUGAGCACGGUGGUGAUGGUUAAUGUGCUGAUGGUAGUGAGCAUGGUAGUAGUGGAUGUGCUGAUGCUGGGCAGCACGGUGGUGUUGGUGGAUGUGCUGAUGGUGGUGAUACGUAAGACGGUGGUGGUGCUCAUGAUGGUGGAGGUGGAAGUGAUUAUGGUGUUGGUGAUUGAGGUGAUGGUGAAGGUGAUAGUGCUGCUGGUGGUGAUGGUGAUUAAGGUGAAGGUUGUUGUGAUGAAGGUGGAGGUGAUAAUCGAGGUGGAGGUGGUUGUGAUGAUGAUGAUUGAUGUUGAGGCGGAGUUGGAAAUGGUGGUGAUUGAGGAGGUAUUGAUGCUGGUUGUGAUGUUGAUUUAUGUGGAGGUGGAGUUGGAAAUGGUGGUGAGGGUGGUAAUCGAGUUGGAGAUGAUGGUGGAGGUGAUGCUGAUUGAUGUUCAGUUGGAAAUGGUGCAGGUGAUGCUGGUGGUGAUGAUGAUUGAGGUGGGGGUAAUGAUGGUGGUGGUGAUGGAGAUAGAGGUGAUGGUGGAUGCUGAGGUAAUGGUGCUGGUGGUGGUGGUGGUGAUUAAUGUUGUGGUGGAGAUGAUGGAGGCGGUGGUGAUGAUGGUGAUGGUGAUUGAGGCUGAGGUGAUAAUGGUGGUGGUGAUUGUGGAAGUGGAGGUGAUGCUUGUGAUGGUGAUUGUGUUUGAGGUGGAUUUGAUUGUGAUGGAGGUUGUGGUGAUUAUAGAGGUGGAGGUGAUAAUGCUGGUGGUUGUGAUGUUGAUGGUGAUUGAGGAGGAGGUGAUGGUAGAGGUGGAAGUGAUGAUGAUGGAUGUGGGGGUGAUGGUGGUUAUGCUAUUAGUGAUUGAGGUUGAGGUGAUGGAGGUGGAGUUGUUGGUGAUGGAGUUGGAGUUGAUGAUGUUGGUGGUGUUGAUGAUGAUGUGGUUUGAGAAGGAUCUGAUGGUGAUGGAGUUGAUGGUGGAGGUGAUGGUGAUGGAGGUAGAAGUCGAGGUGAUGAUGCUAGUGGUGAUGAUGGUAUUUGAGGUGGAGAUGAUGGUGAUGGAGGUUGUGGUGGUGGUGAUGGAGUCCACGGUGAUGCUGGAAGUGGAGGUGAUGAUGCUUGUGGUGGUGAUGGUGAUGGAGAUUGAGAAGGAUGUGAUGGAGAUGAUAUAG